CAAUCGCGCGCUUGAAGACUCCAACUUCUAUCGUCGUAUCUAUCAUACGCCAAGGUAGGCUAUGAAUUAUGACAUCAAUCAUCUGAACCUCAUAAAUAUGUGUUUCUUCUACGGUACUAUUGCAGCAUUUUAGUUUACGAUAAGCGUCGAGCCUGUUUUGAUUGUUAUUGGAGCCUCUACAGACCAUUUAAAGCCUUACAGAGAACAAGCCGCUCGUGCCAACACCCCCACUUCAACAUUUUCAGACAGCACAUUCGACAUGGAGGAUGAUAAGCAGGACUUUCAUUCAUACGAAGAGAUUCAUAACAGGACCUACCGGCAGCCCAAUGCGCGUAGACGAUGUCGCCUUGCGUUAGUCCUGGGCCUAGUCUCAGGGGCAAUGCUGCUACUGCGUUUCUGUGGACCCAAAUUCACCACGCUCCUUGAUUUAAUAUGGUCACCCACAGUGAACGAGAAUAACUUCGAUUUAUAUAAGCACUUAGGGCAUCGAUCACCCUAUUUCGUUCCUUCAAACACCCCGGAAACGCUGCUCUCAGGCACACCCCCUGGCUGCACCGUAUCCAAGGCGUUCCUCGUUCACAGACACGGCAGUCGGCAUCCUCACGCUGAAGAGCUUCUUGUUAUUCAGAACCUAUCAUAUUACAUCAACAAUAACAGCGCUCUAUUCUCGGACCCCCAGUCUCAGCUUCCAGAUGCCUGGUCUUUUCUAGCAGAUGGAUGGAACAGCACUUUGGGCACAGAUGACCUCACAGCCUCCGGUCGAAAGCAAUUAUUCGAUCAUGGUGUCGCUCUAAGAUUACACUAUCCGGACUUAUAUACCGAGACCGAAGUGCUAGCAGGUGAUGAGGACCGAGUUGUGGAGUCGGCUAGAUGGUUCAUGGAUGGCUAUUACGGUCGUGGCUCAAAUACCACCGCCUCCCUGAGUAUUGUUGGCGAGAACGACGAUACGAUCAGCUGGAUCACGCCUCACUAUACCUGCGAAAAGUGGGAUGAAAGGUCUGGCGAAGACAAGUUGUCUACGUGGCGUUCCAUUUACUUACCGCCCAUUGCCAGGCGUGUCAACGAUACGCUUGCUGCGGCCUAUCCAGGUGUCCAAUUUACCGAAGAACAUAUUCACGGGAUGCUAUAUGCUUGCGCGUACGAAACAGCUGUCUACGGUAUUGGCUCGUCUCCGUGGUGUAACGUCUUCCUGCCUGAAGAAAUAUUGGAUAGCGAGUACGAAUCCGACCUCCAGAUGCGCGGAUUUGCCGGCUACGGAUUACCUGGCGAGAUGGGCAGUGUUCUUGGCAGUCUAUUAGUCAGCAACGUGACGAAUUUCCUGCAGAAGGACGAAGGUCCAAAACUUUCGUUGGGAUUCGGUCAUGACAAGACUAUCGCAUUGGGGCUGACGGCAUUGGGGCUUGCGUUUGAUAAAUCAUACCCGUCCACGGGUCCAGCUGAUCCGAAUAGAGGCUGGCAGUCAGCGAAACUAAUGCCCUUUGCUGCAUCGAUGUUUUGGAAACGGUUGGACUGUGGUAGUGAAAGAAGGAUUCAAUUAAUAAUGGAUGGCGCGAAUUUUGGUUUAGGAGAGACUGGUUGCAAGAUUGACAAGUAUGGAUCGUGCGACUUUGAUGACUUCGUGAGCACGGCUGCAGUACGAGCCGCCCUUAAAGUUACCCAUGGCAACAAGAGGUGGAAAAGCGCUUGUCGCUGUAUUUGAAUAUUCUCUAGGUACGCUAGGGAACGAUGAUAGAAGAAAGUAGAUACCUAGGUGGGGCCAAUGAGUGCACGAUCAGCCAACUUCUUAGCAGUUAACCUCCUAGUUAGGGAGCUGGAUAUAUCUUUUAAUAACUAUAAGCUAUCCACGGCAAGUUGUAACAAAGAAAUAUCCAUUAGAUAUUAAAUCAUGGCAAUGAAAUUUUUUUUAGAACUUCGAGGCAGUAAUAUUUGGAAGCGCCCAGUUAGCAAUAAGGGGGAUCUACUACCUAUCUAGGUACCAAAUAGGAAAUCUACAUCUAUCUGACAACUCAGGCAGAAAAGGAUGCCAAGGCUUUAUAACAACUAGAUUUCCCUGUUUGAUCAUGAACCAAUUCAUAAGUUCAACGACUGCUUAUAAAGGAGGUACCCAUCGUAGGUACCUAGGUACCUACGUGUGUACUAGGUAAGUUUCAUCUUCCGGUUGACAACUUUAGGUAGAUACAUAUUGUAUACCCCUUGAUAAUGUACCUAGCAUUGAUGGACUUUGAGUUCACAGUAGCAUCCAUGGGUGAUUUCUU